AUGUCCUCCUCGGGCAACUGGAAAUCGUCCCUGUCGGCCCUCGACCGGUACGAUGCCGUUCGGAAGAUACAAUCAUCCCUGGGUCCCGCCAGGACUGCGAGUGACGCCAUCGCCAUUGAGCAAGAGGCUUACGGCAUCUCCUCGACACGCGACGAGUACGACGCGGCUUGCGCCUCCGCAGCUCAUCAACCUCCUCCUUCUCGUCCAGACAUUGCCGUCUCCCCUCACGAUGCCGUCCGCAUUGGGCCUUAUGACGGCUGCAUCUUUGUCGCCGAGGGCGUCACAUCUGAGGUCUACCGCGCUGGCGACUUUGCCCUCAAGGUCAUCACCACCGCCCACCGCUCCAUGGAACCUCACAACCCCCAGCGCGAGGCCAAGAUCCUGAACAUGCUCCGCCCGCCCUGCAUCCCGCUGCUCGACGUCUUCCGUGACCAGGAACAGCAGCUCGUCCUCCGCUUCCCCUUUAUGCCCCUCGCCCUCGCCCAGCUUCUCGCCGCCGGGCCCCUGUCCAAGCAGCAGCUGCGUGUUAUAUUCACCGACACGCUGCGCGCCCUCGAGCACAUCCAUGCCCGCGGCAUCAUCCACAGGGACAUUAAACCCUCGGCCGUUCUCCUCAGUUCGCCCUCUGGCCCGGCCUUCUUGUCCGAUUUCGGUACCGCAUGGCACCCGGAGCUCUCGGCACACAGCGAGCCCGCCGCCGACAAGAUCCUCGACAUUGGCACCGGGCCCUACCGUGCCCCUGAGGUCCUCUUUGGCAACAAGGCCUACGGGCCUCCCGUCGACAUGUGGGGCUUCGGCGUCAUGCUCGCCGAGGCCAUCUGCUCCCCGCCCGUGCCGCCCUUUGAGUCGCGGCCGGUCGACGAGGACGGGAACCAGCUCGGCCUGAUCCUCAGCAUUUUCAAGACGCUCGGCACGCCGACGCCCGAGACCUGGCCAGAGGCCCGUCACUUCAAGGUCUCGCCCUUUGAGCUGUGGACCGUCUUUCCUCCCCGGUCGUGGCCCGAGAUACUCCCUCAAGCGGACCCUCUAUUCCGAGACCUCGUUUCUGCCCUGGUGCGCUACGAUGGCCAGCGAGCAUCUGCCACGACUGCUCUCGGGUUUCCCUGCCUCGCUGCAGAGGGCAACGAAUGA